UCUAUUUCAGUCGUGACCCCGCUGCAGGUCGUGAAUGACUAGACUAGCUUCAUAAAUGUCGACUAAAGCCGGAUUCUUUUGUGAUGAAUGGCUCGGGUCUGUGAAUGAUCAUCCGGACCUGCUGGAGAUGCCGAUGUGGAGGAUGGCAAGAGGAGGGUGGCCACGAAAGGGGUCUGCACAGAGUCCACAGAAGAUGGAGCCAGGCAGGCGCUGAGUAGGUCCUGGGCCAGGUGAGCGGCACCUGGAGAGGCUGAACCUUCUGGGAACACGCCCUCGUGGCCAAGUGCGCACGCUUUUCCCCAGUGUGUUCAUUAAGAACAUGCUCGCCCAGAACCCGCCGGCCUGAUGUCCGAGCUCAGAAUCCGGGCAGCCCGUCGCGACCCAAUGACAGGAUUGACCAGAACGUUCGCCUUGUCCACCUGGCGGUCCCGCGGGGCUCGAUAGAACCGUCUUCGCUCCAGUUGGCAGCGGCACCAUGAGCAGGAAGACGCGCCGCUGGCUUUUCCACCUUUUCAUCUCACUUGGAUUAUUCUACUUGAAACUUGGGGGUCUGUCCACGGUGGUGGCGCUGGGGGCCGGCAUCAUCUGCAACAAGAUCCCCGGCUUGGCUCCUCGUCAGAGGACGAUCUGUCAAAGCCGCCCCGACGCCAUCAUCGUGAUCGGAGAAGGGGUCCAGAUGGCGAUCAACGAGUGCCAGUUCCAGUUCCGACACAGCCGGUGGAACUGCUCGGCCCUGGGAGAAAGGACUGUGUUCGGCAAAGAGCUGCGCGUCGGCAGUAAAGAGGCUGCGUUCACCUACGCCAUCAUCGCCGCAGGUGUGGCCCACGCCGUGACGGCCGCCUGCAGCCAGGGCACUUUGAGCGGCUGCGGCUGUGACGUGGAGAAGCAGGGUCUCUACAACCACCAGGAGGGCUGGAAGUGGGGAGGCUGCUCCGCCGACAUCCUCUUCGGUCUGGACUUCUCCAAGGUGUUUGUAGACUCGCGGGAGAUCAAGCAGAACGCCAGGACGCUGAUGAACUUGCACAACAACGAGGUCGGCCGAAAGGUGCUGAAGAAGGGCAUGCAUGUUGAGUGCAAGUGUCACGGUGUCUCGGGAUCUUGCACCACCAAGACGUGUUGGACGACGCUGCCAAAGAUCCGUCAGCUGGGAUUCACCCUGAAGGACAAGUACAAUCUGGCAGUGCACGUGGAGCCGGUGCCGGCCAGCCGGAACAAGCGGCCCACCUUUCUGAAAAUCAAGAAGCCUCACUCUUACCGCAAGCCCAUGGACACGGAAAUGGUCUUCAUCGAGAGGUCGCCCAACUACUGCGAGGCUGACUCUCGAACGGGCAGCGCCGGCACGCAGGGUCGCCUGUGCAACAAAACGGCUCAGCAGCCCAACAGCUGCGACCUGAUGUGCUGCGGUCGCGGAUACAACACACACCAGUACUCGCGGGUCUGGCAGUGCAACUGCAAGUUCCUGUGGUGCUGCCACGUCAAGUGCAACACAUGCAGUGAGAGGACAGAAGUCUACACCUGUAAAUAAACUAUUUAUUGCGGAGGACGCAGCCAGAGAGCUGCUUGUCACAGAGGACCGUCGUGCAGUUGCAGGGACUCGAACGUUUGGUCUCACCUGUCUUGCCUAUCUGCUGUGGAAUGUAACUUCGUGUCAGGACCGGAGUGCUCACCUUCAGCUGCAGAUUGGAAUUAUGCAGUGUAAUUUAUUCAAUGUGGAAACUACUGAUGCUGGUGACUGACUCUGCUUUUUCGGGAAGGUUGCGCGGUUCAUUUGGUGGAAGUGGAUCCUGUAGCUGUGACCUUUGUCAGCUUUUACUGCAUUCAAAAUGACUAUCAAACAUGACGUUAGAUUUUUGUUCCGAUGCGAUGUAGCGAGAUGUUUGUCAGUCCCUCCAGGAGAUGGCGAUGUUGUGAUCGCAACUAUGAACGCACCUGCAACCAAUCCCCGUGAGUUCACCGUGCAAUUUUGGCGAAUCACACGACUUUCCCACCAAUUCCACCAAUCGCUUUAGUCUCCUUUCGCCCACCCCUCUACGCGGCAUAUACAGCAUCAUCUUCCCUCCCUCCUUGCUGAGAUGGAGUCGUGUGCGACACCAAACACUCAGCAUUUGCCCACAAAUAUUGCCGCCAUGGGUCGCGGAUCGGAUGUGAACCAUUCUGAUUGCGUUCAUAAAAUCCCAUGACUGAAAUGUAGAACUGACGCGACUAAAAAGCAGAACUCACUAGUGCCGUCACCCGAACACUAUACGGGGUGGGUGUAAACAAACAUGGCUGACCACGGGAUCCUUCUUCCUCCAGGUUAUUUCUGACACUCUACAUCUCGACCCUACCAGCAGUUACUGUUUUAACUGACUGUAUCAAUGAGCCGCUGAACAACACACACAAACAUUCCCCAGCUUUACUGGACUGGUUAGUCAGCUACUUUUCCUCUCCAUCAACCAGUAUUUUAGAUCUACUCGUGCACUUUUCAUCCCUCGAUCAAGCCAACCAAACUCUCACACACUCAUCUGGAGGCCGCUGUGACGCAACACCAGUCGCCCACGACUUGUUUUGUUCUCCUGUCUCACCUCCCCUCACACGCUGCUGGUUUGCUGGAAGCCGGUUGUGUUUUUAAUACGGAAACUAUUUUGAGUCAUUCAUCAAUAACAAGACGCAGAACAGGAGGCCCCCCUUUUUAUAUGUACAAAUGUUCUUGUAUAUUUUAAGAGAUUAUUUUUAUAUGAAUGUCUUUUUUAUUUAUUAGCUGUAUUUUUUAUAAUAUUUUCCACUGUAGCAUGUUAUUUUGAUAGCAGCGAAUGGUAAUGACCCACUGGAUGCUUGUUCUUAGAAGAACUGCACCGUUGUGUUGCUGUGUUCUCCGUGAACAUGCUAGAUACAGUUUACAGUUCAC